CCGGCCCUGAAUCCCUUUGCUUACUCGAGCCGUCAAGCAGGCCCAACAUGACAGUUCGCUACCGAGUUCGAGCAAGCCGGUAUACAGACAGACAGCUGUGUAGACAGGAGGCGCAGGCCUGGACAAGAAAGAGGUCACUGCGAAUGCCCACAUCUCAUCUCGCUAGUUGGCCAUCGCAACGUUCGCUUCAUAGCCCGAGUCUUGGAGGGGAACUUGCCCCGACCAACACGUCUCCGUUAUCAUCCGCUUGGUGCGCCCUCUGUCUGUUCCAUCAGAGUAUAUCAGACAGAGUAUAUCAAAGAGAGGCAGCAAAGCAGCAAUCAGGCCGAUGGCAUUGCGAUCGUCCCUGGCUCCCAUGGCUCCUCUCGCCCAUGACUUGCUCGGUGAUGGCUGCGAUGCUCAUUCUGCAUUGCGAGGCACGCUAA